AUGUCCAAGGCCACCCUUGGGUCGCUCCCCAUUGAGCUUCACAUCCAAAUCCUCUCCUACCUCGACCUCGAGCCGCCCUCUUAUUCGAGGUUCACUAACAGGCCCACCCCGCACAUGCUAGACGCUCCCUCCAACCAACCUCUCAAAAGUGUUUCCCAACAUGGUCCUCGUCGUCGAGCCACCCUCGACGACGAUGAUGAAGUAGACACGCAGCCCUCUUCCGAUUCUCUACUCGUGAACUGCGAGACGCUCUGGGAGACACUCUUCUCCGCCAUUGAUCCGCUGAGAUUCUCCAUCAUAUCGCGACCCGCCCGCUUCGGCCUGCUUCUUGCCCUUCCCCUUGACUUUGACACUCUCUGGAGCUACGGCAGCCACGAACACGUCCUAUCCUUCGCGCGGGACAGCCGCCUCGUGAUGCCAUCCCCACAACUUCCGGCAAGCGAUCCCGUGCUGGCACCGCGCAGCAGAAUCUUCACCAUCCGGCCGUGGACCGCAACCCUGCUCAACGAAGGAUGCAACCUCGGGGUGUACAAGACUGCCCUGGAGGCCGGCGAUAUCGAUGUGCGUGAUUUGUGGUUGGAGCGCAACGCGUCGUAUGCCGCCCUCAUGACCAACUUGUUCGCGUGGACCGCCUCGACAAAUUGGAGGAGUCUUCGAGUGCUGGAAAGCGGGGAUACAGCGGACAAGCAAGCUUGGGACCUGGCUGCCCACUACAUGCUUCGGGGCCAAACGAAGAAGUGGGCCAUCGAACGCGACGGCGUCUUUGUUUGGGUCGAACCAGAUGCCGCAAGAGCCCGCGAGUAA